AUGUUCCAUUCUUCUCUCUCAUCAUCAACAAACGAAAUUUUCAAAGUUGGUGCUUCCAACAACAUCAGCAUCGGAUCAGACAAAGGAUCUUGCAACAAGAAGAGAAAAGAGCCUCCUUCUUCCUCACCCUCUUCAUUAUCACUAACAAAAACAUCAAAUUCUCAUACUUUUCUGGGCAAUAGUGGUUAUUCUGCUCCUAAAUAUCGUGAACAACAACAACGCUUCUUCAAGAAAAGGAAACAAGAAUCGGAACAUGCAGAGCAACAACAAAACUCAUCACCAAUUCAAGAAAAUCUCGUCUGUGCGAUCGCCACUUGCAACACUCUCCCAAAGAACACAACGCCCAUCGAUGAUCAGUCAUGCAACAUGUUUGGUACGAAAAUUGCCAAGAAAACUGUGAUGGUGGUGGAAGGCAGCCGGUUCUAUCAUGCUUCCUGUCAGCAUGCUGCAUGGAAUGGACUGUAG